UUGCGCCCUACGCGGUUCCCCCACAUGCUCUUUACUUCACUAUAUCCUACGCCUUAAAAUGGAAGAUUCCUUAGCUGGAUUAAAUUCUCUGACGGGUGCUCAAAAGACACAGUUGAUGGAACAAUUAAAAGCAGAAAUUGCCAUUGCAUCAGCAAAGGAACUGCUAGAGAAAAUGUCCGUGAAGUGUUUUGAAAAAUGUAUUACUAAACCAGGCUCUUCAUUUGAUAACUCUGAGCAGAAAUGUGUCUCCCUUUGUAUGGAUAGAUACAUCGAUUCAUGGAAUCUCGUUUCGAAGGCGUUUGCCGCUAGAAUAAAGCGCGAAGCUGACAAAUCCUAG